CUUCUCAGCGCGACCCAAGAAAUGCCUCGGAGCUCGCUCCUCCGUGAGCGCGAGCGAGCGCUGCCGCCCGGCGCCUCCACCCUCGUGGCCGUCUGAAGACUCGGCGCUGCUGCUGCUGCCUCGUGGCUCGUGCCACGUGUCGGGUGGAGGCGGUGAUCGUGCCGAGAGGCGCUCAGCGCUCACCUCAGAGCCACGCAGAGCGGCCGCUUCAGCACCAAGGACAGCGGCCGCCGGCCUCUGCUCAGCAUCAUUUCGAGUGUCUCGGCAUCUCUGAGUGCUGCUGGCGCUCGCCCCGGCCCCGUGCGUGCACAGCACUCACAGAGCCGGCGCGCAGCGCGCUGUAAAUACGCGCGUCCCGUGCCCGUAUACACACACACAGCCCUCACCCACUCACCCACCACGCACACCGCACACGCGACACGCUACACUCGCACAUAGAUAGCCGCUCAUUAUUAUGGACAUUGAAAUACGCCGCGGCAGGCGCUGCUUGAGCGGCCAAGUCAGGAGUGUAGAAGCAGCUGCUGCUGCUACUGCUGCUGCUGCCACUGCUGCUGCUUCCUGCGUGCAACAUCGGGUGGUGGUUACCCGCGGCGCCUGCCGCGUAACUCGUCGCGCGCCAUGGCAACCGCGCCUGCCCUCUGCCCUCUCCUCCUGCGCGCCCUCUACCCCCUGCUGCUGCUGCUGCUGCCGCCGCCGUCGGCCGCAUCUCUGGGCUGCCCCAGGACCUGCGUGUGCGACUCCCCGGGCGGGCAGCUGCCCGUACGAUGCGAGAAGCCGCCUCUCUCCCUGCCGCGCGACUCUGUCGGCAACGUGAGCGUCCUCGCCAUCACGGGCGGCUCGGCGCGGACCCUCGACUGGAACGGCACCCGGCUGCCCAAUCUGCGCGUCCUCAACCUCAGUCGCAGCGGCAUCGACACUCUCGACCGCGCCUCCUUCCCGGCGCCGCCGCUAUCGCUCGAAUCCCUGGACCUGAGCGACAACGGCCUGCGGAACAUCUCCCCGGAGGCCUUCGCGGACCUCCGCGAGCUCCGCACCCUGGAGCUGAGCCGCGCGCUCCACGGCGACUCCGCCUCGGGCGCCGCCGCCGCGCUCCUCGCCGCCGUCUCCGAGGCGCGCCUCGGCAACCUCGCCGUGCUGCGACUGAGCGGCAACGGGAUACGCGAGCUGGCGCCCGGGACUCUGUCCGCCCUGCGCGCCCUGGAGGUGCUGGACCUGCGCCGAAACGCCCUGCGGCGUCUCAGCAACGCCACGCUGGAGGAGAUGAACUCCCUGCCGCGGCUCCGCGAGGUGUGGCUGGCGGGCAACGCGUUCGUGUGCGACUGCCACUUGGCGGAGACGGUGCUGUGGCUCACCGACAGGAACCGGGGCCGGAACAAGGCGAGGGACGCGAGCAGCCUCGUGUGCACCGUCACGCCGGGCUCGUCCUCAGCAGCAGCAGCAGCAGGAGGAGGCGCAUCCGCGGGUCCGACCGCGGUCUUCAACACCACGUCGCUGCUCUCACUGCAGACGCUGCGGGGCUGCGCGGGGGAGCCCGUCGCCUCCUACGUGCUGCUCGGCAUCGUGGUGGCGCUCAUCGGAGUCAUCUUCCUGUUCGUGCUCUACCUGAACCGCAGGGGCAUCAAGAAGUGGCUGACCCACAUCCGAGACGCGUGCCGCGACCAGAUUGAGGAGUACAAUUACAGAUACGAGCUGGACGCGAACCCGCGCAUCGCCAACGUGGUUCCGCCUCUAGAACUUUGACACCGACGCCUCUCGACUCGUUUUCGCUCGAGCGUAGAAUCUCGCCGUCCGACACGUGGUGGUGUUUUGUUGUUGCUGUAACGACCAAGUGGCAAGCUGAGGCCCCACCCCACUGAGACGGGCGUCUGGCAAAAGGCCCCGCGGUGCACGUGCGAUAAGUAACAUGCACGGUACAUCAAGUAUGCGAGUGCAGGGAAGCGUCAACGCGGGUUUUAUCUAUUUAUUCAAAUGCUAAAUAAUAAUAACAGGGACGUUUAUUUUACAGAGCAGCGUUCGCGCAAAUUUGCAUCUCAAAGUAACCGAGCAAAGAGUAGAAUGCAGCACAGCCGGGAGAGAAGCCGUCGUCGUCGCGCCGUGAAGAAUUGACGACCGCCAAAUGUCCUCACAAGCGAGUCGCGCGGCGUUGAGUGCAACGCGUGGCCGUGCAUCCCAGCGUUGUCGCCGCUGAGUAACGGCUGCACUUUAUCGACCGAGCCAUUCGUCUGCGGCAACGUGCGCACGCGACGUUCAAUUUCGGAGACGGUUACCGGGAAAUGUAAAAUUGUCACGACCGGUGAGAGCGAUCGCCCCCCGUCCACCUCCCGCUAGUAGUUUUAGUUUGUCGAGCAAGGGUCUGGAGGAAGGGUCUCCGCGUGUACGCGAUCAGCUCUCUUGUGUCAGCAGGUUCGCGUCUGGUGGCUAUCGUCAUCAUCGCCGUGAUGCGGCCAUCUGUUCGAUCCACUAAAGGGGCCUAUUUAGAGUGAACGCGCGCCCGUUGAGAGGAACACGUUGAGGAGGAACGCGUUGAGCCUGGCAGACGCACCAGAGGCUGGAGCCGACCGGGGCAGCCUCGCGGUGCGACGUCUGUCCCCUUCGACUUCGCGCUGCCCCAGUGAGGGCAUAGCAGAGUCUCAAGCUACGCAGAGCGCUUCCAUAUCACGUCUCUCUCUCUCCUUCUUUGUUCCGUAUGUUAUAGGGCGAGCAGGCUGGCAGUGCAGUGGCAAUGCUCGUGUCUCGCACAGUGAGAAGGGCCUGGGUUCGAUUCCUGGCACGGGUGCCCUUUAAAUGUGGAGUCUGUACGUUUUCUCUCUCUCUGUCCUUGCAUGGGUUGUUUGUUUCCGGGUUCUUCGGUUUCCUCCCCGAGCAAAAAUAAAUGCAAUGUAAUUGGUAUUGGCCCAACGUCCCAAUGCUGAAAUAUUACCUGUAAAUGAUUCAGUCGGGACUGCACACGCAGCAAUAUCGCCCCCCCCCUACUGUGAGCGCUUGAAAGAGAGCUUCGAGACUCAUUGAGGCGUUCUUGUGUAAACAAGCAGAAUAAUGAUGGAAGUUAUAACACAACCACGGGAAUCGUGUGCAGGGUGCAGGAGGAUAGGGUGGACACCUUGGAGGUAGUGGUGGGUGGGACGCGUGUGCAGGGUGCAGGAGGAUAGGGUAGGCAACUUGGAGGUAGUGAUGGGUGAGACGCGUGU